UUGUAGGUGUGGCGACGUACAUAGACAUAUCACGUACAAAAAAAUAUGCAUAAUUUUUGCAAGUAAAAUCAGCAUUGAAUAUCACACUAAAACAGCCAUACACAUACACCCUUCACAAAAAUGGGCUCAAAGGUGGAAGACACCGAAAUUGUCGCUUCGUUAAAACGAAAGAAGGAAAAUGAAGUCCUAUUUUCGCGAGCGGAAAUCUUUCAUCAAAUGCUCAUGGUAGAAAAGUAGAAAUUAUGACAUACAUGUAUUGUAAUAUAUCGAUACUUCUUGAUUAUGCGGUACAGGAAGAUUUUCAAUUUUUGGAAGCAGCUCGAAUUUACUCUGGAGGCUGUGAACCACCAAAACUUAACUAUGCAGAUAUUACUGGUAUUUCUCGAAUAUACAUAAAAUUAUAUAUUACUUUCGCUAAUUAGUCAAUGUAUUAGUCAAUGCUAUGUUCUUUCCAAUACAUACCACCAGAUGCAGAAAAUUUUCGAGAAGUUGCACUCGCAUAUCCGAACGGUCUGAUUCAAUAUGAUCAUUUUACGCAUCGAUCUGCGGAACGAGUAAGAUGACUACAUUUUUUAAUUAGUGAAAUUACUACAGAAUUUUCUUCUUAUGAAAAAAGGUGUUCAAAGAUCGCCUCCAUGUUGAACCUGAUAUCAGAUCACUGCGGUUUAUGGCACGACGCUCCAAGUGGCCCCCAAUCGGAAUUUGGGCCCAUUGGUUCCUCCAAACACCAUUCUUCGAAAUCAUUAUGGUUUGCAUCAUUGUGGUGAAUUCGGUCACCAUUGCUAUUGACCUAGGUGGGCUUCUUAUAAUUAAUUCCUAUUGACUGAUCUGAGAUUCAUAAGGUUCGUGACGUUUGUGUUUUAGAGUUGCCUCAAGACAAUGGUCUGUUCAGAGAAAACUUAGAAAUUGUCGAUUUCUUUUUCUUGUGCAUGUUCGUAGCAGAGAUCUUUCUGAAGUGGGUUGAUAGCUUUGGGUCUUUUUGGAACGAUGGGUGGAACAUUUUUGAUUUCAUCAUUACAGCGACGGUAUGUGUACAUAUUCUAUCUAAAUAUUUAUUCAACUAUUUCUAUCUAAAUAUUUAUUCAACUAUUUCUAUCUAAAUAUUUAUUCAACUAUUUCUAUCUAAAUGGCUUCAUCUUGGCUUCAUCCUUAAAUACAAAUAAAUACAGUCACUAGUUGCACCGCUGAUUGAUCUCACAUUUCCUGAAACGGACGAGGAGGAAGAUCUUGAAGGAAUCUUUAACGCUGUGAAAUAUCUUCGAAUCAUUCGCAUCUUUCGAUCUCUUAAUGUAGUGACCCGGAUUCCAAAAAUUCAGCAAAUUUGGGCUGCUGUGGUCAAGACUUUCACCGCAAUGAUAUUCAUCACAGCACUCAUGGCCAUCUUCUUUUACAUUUUCGCCAUCAUCGGUAUACAAGUUUUUGAUCGCUACACUCAUUCUCAUCGUGCCAACUUGGAUUAUCGAAAGUCAUUUUCUGGACUUCCAAACUCAUUUGUCACCCUUUUCCAACUUUUUACCCUGGAUCAUUGGUACGAUCUCCUUCGCGAGACGUCCGAUGUCAUGAAGGGGUGGACAGUUCCUUGUAUUUACAUUUUAUCCUGGAUCUUGCUGGGAUCGUUCAUCUUUAGGAAUAUAUUCGUUGGCGUUAUGGUGAAUAAUUUCCAAAACAUUCGACAAAACAUGAUGACGGAACAGAAACAAGAUCAUCAAAAUCGAAAAUUAGCCCAACUAAAUAUUUUUGCACUGGACGAAUUAGAAAUGGAACAUAUCGAGUCGGAUGAUCCACUUGUCGACUGGGAAGCCGAAGUAUUUCACAAUUUGGAAAUUAUCAAGGCUUUGGGACAGAAAAUGUCUCCUGUUAUGUGGCCAAGGUUAGAAUGCGCAAGUCACAUGCAUAAUUUUCAUGUUGUGAAUGACGUGCCCCACUUAUACGUACCAAUUAGAGAUACAAUGUUCCAAUACUACAUGUUGUUGGAAGCGUAUGCAAGCAAUGCGGACGAAAGGAAUCAAUUGUUUAAACUGUUGGAUAAGGCCUUGCUCCGAUUUUUGGAUUCAUGAAUCAAGAACAUGGAUCGAUUUUGAAUUAAUAAGUUACUUUUUAUAAAUUUUUUACUACAAGUUCAAUGUUGUAAUGAUACCUAAAUAAUGUACGAA